ACCAAUUUUAUCGACUCUUAUUUCCUCUUAUCGUCUGAAAUGAAGCAACGAACACGGAUUUUGGAAACCUUAUAUUUUAUAUUAUGUUCCUUAUUUUGUUUAGUGUAUUGUCUGUGAACGCUGUAGAGCUUGAAGUGAAGGGUGAUAUAACAAUUGAUGUGACAGUCAUUGAUGAGGAAGAUGAAGAAGUAACGUUGCCCGAUUCGCCAACAAGGAUGAAAGCUAUUCAGCGAGAGGAGAGUAGUGGAGAAAAGGAGAAACAAGAAACGCAAAGGCUGAGUAUGGUGACGGCUGCAGUGAAGGUGGAGUGCGUGUACCAAUAUCCUGAGAGGGAACAAGUGGAAGCCUUGUUAAGCAAUAUGAUGAACCAGCUCGCCAAGGUAUACGUGAGGGUUCGGGAGUUCGUGACCGACACGAAUGAAUGGGGGGAGCGCCGUUCGGAGACCAGGUUCAAAGUGGUGGAGUCCCGGAACGUGACCCACUUCGACGAGAUCUACGCGAACAUGACUUUGGAGUACAGAAACCUGUACAGUAACACCACAUACGUCAUGCCACGGACAGGUGACCCGUGCUCCAACCAAGCAGAGCUGAAACGUGUCUGGGUACAGCUUCUAGAAUCUUCUGUGACGUAUCUACGCGCGGCGGUGGCGCGCUCCAUCGCACACUUCAUGAAACAAACACCUUCAGCGCAAAGCAAGAAAGCAGCGGUAAAACAACUAGUGAAAAACGAGUUGGCUAGAAUUAAAGCGUCGCAAUUAGAUAUACUUUGCGAUAAAUUUCAACUGUGUUAUAACGAACUGUUGUAAAAAUCUAUAUUCGAAUAGGUAGUAUUAAUUCUAUUGACCCUGCUCGUUAGGGAAUCCCUGGCUGCAAAGAGACCUGACUGGAGACGCUUGGUACAGGAAAAUGUACACAACUUUGAAUAACGGGAGGGAAUUAAAAGUAAACCACCUGCCUCCACGCAAUACAGCUAUAUUUAUGGUAUCCUACGCACAUGUGCGCACUGCUCUAGAACAUUUAGGGCCAAAAUAGGAUACUACAUUUUAAGGCACAUCAACGAAGCCUUGUACAACGCCAAAUUAGCAAUGAUCAGUCACCAUAGCCGAAAAUCGGUCAGGGAUAUAUAUAUUAUAUAUUAAUUCUAUUUAAGUAUAAAUUAAUGUUUUCAAAAAAAUGCAUUUUUAAUGACCAGUGGGAUAUGUCCUUGCAUGUUCUUCUUCCUUGCAUAUGGUGUCGAAGCCCAGUAUCAUCGUAAGGAAUAAAUCUUUAAAUUUUAAAGAAUGCACUGUGAUUUUACAACCGGCCGCCUGUGUGAUGUCAACCCCAUUUUCAGAGGGCGAAGUGUGGGUUUGCGUUUUCACUUCUCACCAUCGUAUCGAUUCGAAGUGUGACGCAGCGAACCAAUGACAUCGCAGUGUGGUUGUCGUUGCGUCACAAUGGCGCAAAUGUUAUUGGCUCGCAGUGUCUCAUUUCGAAUAGAUUCGGUGGUAAGUGAAAUGCUUUCCCGCACUUCGCCCAAUGAAAGUUUAUUGUUACCUAUGGGAUGCAAAGGCUAUAUGCACAGAAAUAUAUAAAUC